AUGAAGAUGCUGAGGUGGAUGUGUGGCGUUACGCGGGCUGACCGCAUACGUAACACAUUCAUCCGAGGUAGUCUUGGAGUCCGUGACGUAGCGGAUAAGCUUGAAGAGAGUCGCCUGAGAUGGUAUGGCCACGUUGCACGCCGGCCUGAGAACUACGUCGGGAGGAUUUGCCUUGAUAUGUGUGUCCCUGGAGCGAGACCCCCAGGACGCCCAAAGAAGCGAUGGCUGGACACCGUGAAGCAGGACAUGAGAGCCAAUGGAUUAACCACCGAGGAUGCCAAAGACCGGGCAAAGUGGAGGCGUUUGUGUGGGAAGGCAGACCCUGGCUAA